CUUGCAGCAAGAAGAGCCAGAAGUGGGAUGAGAUGAACAUCUUGGCCACCUAUCACCCGCCUGGCAAGGACUACGGCUUGAUGAAGAUAGACGAGCCCAGCACACCCUACCACAGCAUGGUGGGAGAUGAUGAAGAUGCUGGCAGUGACACGGAGUGCAGCCCAGGCCUGACUGCAGACGUGCUGGCUAAAAAGUUAGCAGCUGCAGCAGAUGGGAAGGGACCGAAGAUCUUUGCUCAACAAGAGAGCAGUGAUGAGGAGGAAGAUGAGGAAGAGCUGACUCCAGAAGAGCUCGAAAAAAAGAGGCAGUUUGAAAUGAAGAGGAAGAUGCACUACAACGAGGCUCAGAACAUCAAGCUGGCCAGGCAGCUGAUCGAGAAGGAGCUGCGGGGGGAUUCAGCCAAUGAAGGUGAGGAGGAAGAGGAGGAUGAAGAGAUGGCGGAUGCAGCAGGCUCAGAGCGAAGGAGCCCAGGACUUGAUGCAGCACCCCGCAACCGGAAUGUAUCCUUCUGCUUCACCUUUAAUUGAGCCUCUUGUGUCUCUAGUGCUCGUUUUCUUGCGAGCCCCUCCCUUGUUGCCAGCCCUCCCCUCACCCUGGCUGGGAGCACAUCCCUGGCAUGAAUAAAUGGAGCACUUUCUCUGGACCA